AUGGCUCGUUGGCAACACCCCCACGGCAAGAGCAACCACCAUCAUCACCAUCACCACCAUCGCCAUCAUCCAUCGAACGCGUCUGACGCCCAUGGCGGCUGGAACCACUCGCAGCUUGCAGCGCUCACCGAGACCUUUGCAGCCAACGAGGCCAUUCCGUUCCUCGACCACGGGCUCCCAAAGCACCACCACCGGUUCGCGCACCACAUCGAGUGGUCUGUCUGCCUCUUGGCGCUGGUUCCGCUCGUGAGCGUUGUCUUGCUGCGCGUCGUACGCCGAUCCAAGCGCCAGCACGCGUACGAGCGCAUCGCAAGCCCGACGCACGUGUAA